AUGCCCGGCCGAUGACGGAAGCCCGGAGAGAGGGGAGAGAAAGAACCAGAGAGAAGGAGAGCGAGAGCCGACAGAGGCCGGCGGCGGGAGGCGGCGGGUAGUGGGCGUCUGGUGGGAGCUGCGCUGAGAGCCGGCGCCUCGCUCGCUCCCUCCUCCCCGCGCCCUUCACCGGCUCGCGGGACGCGCGGCUGGGCGGGGGUCUCCUCAAGGCCGCGCGCUCGGAGCCGCCCGCUGGGCUUGGGCGGGGCGCGGGACUAGCGACCGCGUUCCCCGGCUCCCUCCCCUCCCUUGGGAGCGGGCGGCGGCGGGAGAGGGGAGCAGCGUCCGGGGCCGGGGCGGGUGGGGGCGGGGAGGGGGGCGGGAGGCGGCGGGAAGGGAUCGGGCCGCCAUGGACGAUAAGGCGUUCACCAAGGAGCUGGACCAGUGGGUCGAGCAGCUGAACGAGUGUAAACAGCUUAACGAAAACCAAGUGCGGACGCUGUGCGAAAAGGCUAAAGAAAUUCUAACAAAAGAAUCAAAUGUGCAAGAGGUUCGUUGUCCUGUUACUGUUUGUGGAGAUGUGCACGGUCAAUUUCAUGAUCUUAUGGAACUCUUUAGAAUUGGUGGGAAAUCACCAGAUACAAACUAUUUAUUCAUGGGUGACUACGUGGACAGAGGUUAUUAUUCAGUGGAGACUGUCACUCUUCUUGUAGCAUUAAAGGUGCGUUAUCCAGAACGCAUUACAAUAUUGAGAGGAAAUCAUGAAAGCCGACAAAUUACCCAAGUAUAUGGCUUUUAUGAUGAAUGUCUACGAAAAUAUGGGAAUGCCAAUGUUUGGAAAUAUUUUACUGAUCUAUUUGAUUAUCUUCCACUUACAGCUUUAGUAGAUGGACAGAUAUUCUGCCUCCAUGGUGGCCUCUCUCCAUCCAUAGACACACUGGAUCAUAUAAGAGCCCUGGAUCGCUUACAGGAAGUACCACAUGAGGGCCCAAUGUGUGAUCUGUUAUGGUCAGAUCCGGAUGAUCGUGGUGGGUGGGGUAUUUCACCACGUGGUGCUGGCUACACAUUUGGACAAGACAUUUCUGAAACGUUUAACCAUGCCAAUGGCCUCACUCUGGUUUCUCGUGCUCACCAGCUUGUAAUGGAGGGAUACAAUUGGUGUCAUGAUCGGAAUGUGGUUACAAUUUUCAGUGCACCCAAUUACUGCUAUCGUUGUGGGAAUCAAGCUGCUAUCAUGGAAUUAGACGAUACUUUAAAAUAUUCCUUCCUUCAGUUUGACCCAGCACCUCGUCGCGGAGAGCCUCACGUUACACGGCGCACCCCAGACUAUUUCCUGUAAAUUCCUCCUGAGGAAAGCUGCCUUUGUCUGUGGAAGUAUACCUGGCUUUUUAAAAUAUAUAUAUAUUUAAAACAAAAAAAAGCAACAGUAAUCUAUGUGUUUCUAUAACAAACUGGGAUCUGUCUUGGCAUUAAACCACAUCAUGGACCAAAAUGUGCCACACUAAUGAUGAGCAUUUAGCGCAGUCUGAGGCUGAAAUUGACACACUAUGUUCUAGAUGGGUCAGUCUAACAGUUUGCCUGCUGUAUUUGUAGUAACCAUUUUCCUCUGAACUGUUCAAGCAAAAAAGGUAACUAACUGCUUCGUCUCCUUUUCCACUUACAUGGAAAUUUUAGUUAUAGUGUUUAGCUAGCAUGGAUUAAUAGAGUUGGAAUUUUAUUUUUAAGAAAAAUUCACAAGCUAACUUCCACUAAUCUCUUACCCUUUAUUUUAUUGAAAUGUAUAUUAACUUAACUGAAGAAAAGAUUCUUUUUGGGAGUAUGUUGUCAUAACAUUCAAAGAGAUUUCCCUUCAUUUAAACUAGGUUACUGUUUUAUGUUGAUCUGCAUAUUUCUGUAUAUUUGUCAUGACAGUGCUUGCAUCCUAUUUGGUGUACUGAGCAAAUAAACUUUACAUUUUAAACAAAAAAUUU